GAUCUUAAAAAUUUCAGCAAGCUUGUUUAUUUUUUGUAUUGAGACUCUAACACAGGAUUUCCGCCCGCGUCCCUCUCCCCAGGCGACACCGUGCACCGACAGCCCCGCCUCCUCCUCCCCUCCACCUGGCCGCCGCCCAAGCAGCCACCGGCAAAGCCACGCGGCGCCAAGGACGAUGGUGGCGAGGCCUCCUCUCUUCACUCGAGAAGCGCGGCGGGGCACCGGUGAGACCCAAGUGAAGUGCCGCCUCGGCGACUGAGGCGGCGGCGGCGGUGCCCGCCAGAUCCGCGCCGCUCCGGCCAGAUCUGGCGGGGUGGCGGCUGGUGGCGAGGAAGGCGACGGUGGCGGAGGUGGCGACGGCGACGGUGAUGGCGAGCUGUGUCGGAUGUUGGGGACCGUCGGCGGUGGGGAUGGAUAUGGCGCUCCGGGGAUGGAGGUGGUGGUGAGGCUGGCGACGGCGGGCCGGAUCCAGGCGCGCCGGAGGCGAAUCCGGCCCCUCCCCCCCCCCCCCCCCCCCCGCGGGCGGAUCUGGUGCGGGGAGAGCCCCACGUCCUCGCUGGUGGCGGUCGUGGAGCCCUGCUAUAAGCGGCGGCCGUGGAGGCCAGAUCCGUGCCGGUGGGGAGUGAAGGAGGCGACGGCGGCGCCUAGUGAUGGCCGUGGCGGCGAGGUGCUCGGCGGCGACGGUGGCGGUGUCCCCCAGAUCCGCGCCACCUCGGCCGAAUCUGGAGGGUGGCCGGCGGUGGUGGUCGUGGCAACUGGCAGUGUCGGCUGGUGACGGCGGCGGAGGGCAUGGCGGCGGCGUCGGGGCGGUUGCUGGCUGCUUUGGCGGCGGAGGGCGACGAGGCAGCGGCUGCAUUGGCGGUGGCGACGAUUUGCGAAGGCGGCGGCUGGCGUUGGCGACUGGUGACAACGACAGCAGUGACGGCGACCGGCUUGCGGUGGCCAUGACUGAGGAGGCGACAACGAUGUCGGUGGAUGCGACUGUGGCUGGCGACGUCGUGCAGACGGUCGCCGGAGACAGCAAGUGGAGGCGGGGAAGGAGUCGGGUGCGAGGUGAGGAUGGCGACAGUGAGGUGGCUGGCCGUUCGGCAGCAACGGCUGCGGUGGCGGUGACCAUGACUGCGGUGGGAGGAGGCAUGGCGGCCUCGGACGGCUAGCCGAGGGUGUGGCAGACGGCUGCGUCUGGCCGGCGUGACAGCGUUUGGAGGAGGGGUCAGAGACUGGCUUGGCACAGCUAGGCGCAGCGGAGGCUAGCUCAGCGCGAGAGGCGCGGGCGGCGGAGAUGGAAGCCGGCUUAGCACGAGAGGCGCGGCCGAUGGAGGGAGGCCUGAUUGGCGCGAGAGGCGCGUCCGGUGGAGGAGGCUGGCUUGGCACGAGAGGCGCGGCCGGCGGUGGAGGAGGCGACCUCGGUGCGAGGUGGAGCUGUCGGUGGGUGUGGCGCGGUCUUCGGCGCACGAAGGUUGGCCGGCGGGGGGCGCUGGUGCAGGGUCCCACAUGUCGGCAGAGGUUGAGUGGUGGUGGAGCAUCGGUGUGUCAGCCGUGGAUUCGCAGGUGGUGAGCGGCGGGUGAAAACCCAGCCCGGCCUUGGCCGGACCGACAACGAUGGUCAUUCCCCCUCCUGAGAGCGUUGUCGUGCUGUCUCACCCCUCAAGGGUGGUUGCCGGGCGAAAGCCCGCUCUUGGCUCUUUUGAGCCCCAACGGACGGCGGCGGCGGUUUUCCAUCGUUUCUCUUCUUGAAGACGUCAUUUUGGCAUACCCUAGGUGGGGCGAUCUCGUCUGUGUUCCUUUGUUGGUCUAGCGGCGGCCGGUCUGGUGCUAGCCUUCUCCCGGGCUUGUGUGUUAGCGUUGUCGAUGUGUGGGUGGUGGUAUAUUUUUUUUCCUUUUUCCUGGUUACGAUUCUCCAGGGUUGUAAUCUUGUAAUUUUUUUCCUACUCUAUCAAUAGAACUUCGCACUGUCUCGUGCAAGUUGUUCAAAAAAAAAUUCAGCAACAGGUUCUCACUACUUACCAUGGGAGUAGAUGGAGCAGUACCAAAUUUAAUUUAUAUGGCAGAGUGCUCAGCUGGCAA